CCGAGAGGAUAUCCGGGGUAAUGCUAAGCUACCCUCGUCAUGAAGUAUAUUUCAUUCACGCUUCAUUCUCUCUUUAUCUGCUGCACUGAAGUCGUGCGAUUGCGUUUCUUUUGUUUCUUUCUCCUUCCAAUACCUCGGCAUUGAGCUGUGAUCCAAGAAUUAAUUACAAGCUGUGGUAAAGUGACACUGUGCUACAUUUAGAAGUGCGAUUGAAAUAUCAAAGGAAAGAUUCCGUUCGAAGCAAUUCACAAUGCCAUCCCAUCCCCAAGACGAAGUCCAGCACCACUCCCUCACCGACCCAUCCUCCUUCUGGGCAGAACAAGCCUCACAUCUUUCCUGGCACAAAAAGCCCAGCUCUACCCUUACCCGCACAUCGAAAUCUCUAAACUCAGGCGUCGAACACGACCAUUGGGAAUGGUUUCCCGACGGCGAGAUCUCAACCUGCUACAAUUGCGUGGAUAGACAUGUCGAAGCCGGCAAUGGAGACCAAACAGCCAUCAUCUGGGAUAGUCCCGUCACAAAAACAAAACGAAAAAUCACAUACAAGGAGUUGUUGAAGGAAGUAGAGACUUUUGCUGGCGUACUGAGAGAAGAGGGCGUUAAGAGGGGAGACGUGGUUUUGAUUUAUAUGCCCAUGAUCCCCGCUGCUCUCAUCGGAAUUCUUGCUAUCUCGAGACUGGGGGCUAUACACGCUGUUGUAUUUGGUGGAUUCGCACCUGCGUCCCUCGCUCAGCGGAUCGACGCUUCGAAACCAGUUGCUAUUCUCACAGCUUCGUGUGGGAUUGAUGGUGCCAAGCCUCCUAUGGCUUACAAGCCUUUUAUCACGGAAGCGAUUGAGCUUUCGUCACAUAAACCAGAGAAGACCAUUAUUUGGCAACGAGAUCAAUUGAGGUGGGAUGCAGUAGAUAAACAGAAUGGACAGAGGAACUGGCAACGCUUGGUGAAGAGUGCAAGUAGCAGAGGUCUGAAAGCAGGGUGUGUACCUGUCAAGUCGAGCGAUGGGGUCUACAUCAUCUACACAUCUGGAACGACUGGUCUUCCCAAAGGAGUCCUAAGAGAAGCUGGCGGCCACGCUGUUGGACUUCAUCUGUCAAUCAGUUACCUGUUUGGUAUCCAUGGACCUGGAGACGUCAUGUUCUGCGCCUCUGAUAUUGGAUGGGUGGUUGGACACUCAUACAUUCUAUACGCACCUCUCCUUACAGGAGCAGCCACUGUGCUUUUCGAGGGCAAACCAAUUGGCACACCAAAUGCUGGCACUUUCUGGCGAAUCAUCGAGGAAUACAAAGUCAAUACACUCUUUACAGCUCCCACUGCAUUGAGAGCUAUCCGAAGAGAUGAUCCCGAAAACAAGUUAUUUAAAGAGAUUGGCCAAAGAGGAGGUUUGAAGAGUCUGCAAGCUCUUUUCCUCGCUGGCGAGAGGUCAGAACCAAGCAUUAUCACAAUGUACCAAGAUCUGCUGCAGAAAUAUGGAGCAGAUGGAGCAAAUGUUAUUGACAACUGGUGGUCGUCUGAAUCGGGAUCCCCGAUAUCAGGCAUAGCUCUCGUUCCUCAUGCUGGCAAAGACCGCAAAACAAAAAGUCGAGAAGUCCAACCUUUAGGUAUCAAACCUGGCAGUGCAGGAAAAGCCAUGCCAGGCUUCGAUGUCCGAAUUGUUGAUGAUUCUGGAAAGGAAGUCGAGAAGGGGAAAAUGGGUAACAUUGUCCUGGCAAUGCCACUUGCUCCAACAGGAUUCAGAACACUGUGGCAAGACGAGGAGAGAUUUUAUAAAGGGUAUCUGAAGAGAUUUGAAGGCCAAUGGAUUGACACAGGCGAUGCUGGUAUGAUAGAUCUGGAUGGAUAUAUCCACGUCAUGUCCAGAUCAGACGACAUCAUCAAUGUCGCAGCCCAUCGAUUUAGCACAGGCUCCAUCGAACAAGCCAUCUCCUCCCACCCCACCAUCGCCGAAUGCUGCGUAGUCGGCAUCCCAGAUUCCCUCAAAGGCCACCUCCCCUUCGCCUUCAUCACCCUCUCGACGCCCGACCAUCCCUCCUCCGCAAUCCCCUCCUCGGCUCUCUACUCCGAAGUUCAAAAACUGGUCCGAACGCAAAUCGGCGCUAUAGCAUCCCUAGGCGGCAUGAUUCAGGGUAAAGGCAUGAUCCCGAAAACGAGGUCGGGUAAGACGUUGAGGAGGGUGUUAAGGGAGUUGGUGGAGAAUGCGGUGCAUGGGGAGUUUGAGAAGGAGGUUCAGGUCCCGGCUACGGUGGAGGAUGCUAGUGUGGUUGAGGUGGCGAGGGCGAAGAUUAGGGAGUAUUUUGAGGAGAAGGGGGGUGAGUUGCAUAAGGCGACUGAGGGGAGGGCUAAGCUGUAGGUAGGUUUGGAUGAAGAGAUUGAUGUAGAAGAUCUUAGGUGAUCGGUUGGUAACGAAUAGAUGCUUGCAAUACUCUUUGCCAUGUCUUACUCAAUUUAUUCAAAUUCUCAAG